AUGCAGGUGCAAGUCUCACGCCCGGUUGCGAUUUCCGUGCGACACCUAGCGAAGCGAAAGUUUCAAGCAAGUGCAACUGGACUUAAGCGAUUUCGAUUUGGCGAUAUGUCCACAGAAAGAACUUCGACAAGCACAAGCUCAACUAGAAAAGAUCUCAAGUCAGCACUUCCGCCACUGCCAACACCGGACAAACUAUAUCAAGACAUAGUUCAUUGCUGUAGUGAAGUACUCUAUCUCGUCGAUCUCAUUGAUAAUCUUAAAGAAGAUAUCUCUUAUUUCUUCGAUAACAAUGAAUCUUGGAAAAUCCUAGAGCGCGAAGCCCGCAUCAAAGAGUUGACUGUUGAAAACUAUUCUCUAAGAUUGCAUCUUCUGCGAAAGCAACUCUCUCUCUUCUACUCGACUGUUCCCGUUAUUAUCUCUAUGAAUAUGAUCUCCGAGAAGGCAUGGGACUCACAGAUGAGCACUCCCUCAGCAGUAUACGACACACACUCCUGGAAGGAAGAUUCCACGUUACCAAAACUUCACAAAAGCAAUCGACAGCAAUGUCAUACAACAAGAGCCGGUACCAUCGCCAAGAUGCUCUCGAACAAGCGAAUCUGCGACUCCCUGAAGGAAAUCAAGGAAGAACUCGACCAGUUGCGAGGAAGUUUGCAAGACAAUCGUGAUGGGCGAGUUAGCGAAAGCGAACAAGCGAGAAUCGCAGAAAAUGUGGAGUUUAUGGAAGGUUCUGUCCAAGAAGAACAACCACAACCACCGGACGAAGAAAAAGAGUCCAUAUUCGAAGAGAUCCAUCAUCUCGAGCAAGAACUGAAGCAAGUCCACAACAAGAUACGCGAACUUGCCGCUCUCCGAAGAUGUCGUCCUAGACAAUAUGAAGAAGGAAUCACACGUGAAGAAGAGACAACGAUGCGAUGCGCUUUCUGCUUUGCUGAAGGCCAGGCACUAUUCCGAUUCCUGCCCCGAAGUCCGGACAGUGGAGGAGAGAUUGGAUUCACUGAGAAGAAGGAGACGCUGUACCAUCUGCCUGGACAUAGAAUGCGAUAUGGGCUAUUUCUGCCCGAAAUACAGCAAAAGAUGCCAUCACUGCCAUAA